GCGCGGACGGUCGCUACUGUCGUGGCUCGACGUUCGCCGACUCGGGUGCAUAUUUUGUGACGUUGUACCGCGGAUUCGUCGGAUUUUCGCGUUUUUCGCGCCUCUGCGUCGUGUGACCAUCAAGUAUUAGUGUACGCCGACGAUCUUUAUCCACGUUGAACAAGAGCCAACAUGUCCUCUAGCAUCCGGACAGAUUAAAAUCGAGGGAAAAAGCAGCGAAGAGGACGGUAGCCGUGCGUGUACCAAGCAUGGAGUGGACUCAGUGCGCUCGUUUCAAAUCGUUACGAGCCGUUACAGCAGUCUCCGUCGAGCUGAGGUCGCAGCGAAACCGCGAGGAUGUGAUCGAGAAUGCCCGCAGGACCGCGUGAGAUCGUGAUCGUCCGAAAAUGGCCGCGACGACGACACCUGUACCUCCCCGCGUUUCAACGUGAUCCCUCGAAGCAAGGAGGAGUCAACCAGCGAGGGACCACCGGGCACACCGGCGAGCGAUGCACUGAGAAAGCCAUCUCGCCGCGACCCGGUUUCGAGCUACCUGUAUAUAUACACGCAGCAGGAGAUAAGUAGAUCGUGAGGCCAAUUCGCAAAAAAAAAAAAAAAAAAAAAAAAAAAUGGAGGAGGUUCGGGGAUCACCGGCGCGUCGGCUCUCGCAAAUCCUCGAUCCGAUCGCGCGGCUCGCCACCGAUUUCGGCUCGAAUUCAGCCCCGUGCAGCCCGAGACUCGGGGUCAGGGGCCACGAGGCGUCCUCCGGCACGAUGAUUCAGACCGGGCCGGCCGAGACGAUACGCAGACAGCAGGAGACAACGAGUCGCGGUCAUUCGAGCGGUGCUGAGAGUCCGCGACUUUGGCCGCGACAGAUCCGCCAAGCUCCAGCCCCGCCGCCCCGGCCCAGACACGGAAACACCAGCCAGAACACGGCUACCUCUACUCAUCAGGCAUCCGGUGGUCUUACAGCACCGCCGCCGCCGCCGCCUGUGCACACCAGGGACUCGCCGUACGUGAACGUGCCGAGUCUGUUGAUCCAGAAAGAGAACAAGGGUUUCACGGACACGGCGAGAAGUGUCGGUUACGUGGAGCUCAGAGACACCAAGCCAAAGUGCAGCCCGUACGACUUCACGUCCGAACCGAGCGGUCACGUGGAGUACGCCGACAAACGGACGUUCGCCGCGCAAACGGACUUUGACGGGUCCGCCGCGUGUUACGAGAAGGAUCUUGCCGUUUUGGCCAGGUCCAGAUCGAAUUUCGAUCCUGGACCCUCGCCACGACCCGGACAACAUUUCGAUCGCGCGUAUUCGUGCUCGGGCAGGCAACCGGAAUCAACCGGUAACAGAGUGUUCACCGAAAAUCGACUGUUCGUGGAACAGAGGAACACAGCUGCUGCAGUUGCUGCGGCGGCGGGCUCGGAUGCGAAGAAAGAGAAGCUUUUGGAGAGCAGCAGACCCGCUUACGGCUCGUCCAAGAGCUUCGAUGGAUACUCGACCGCGGUGGAGGAGCUUAAUUGGCAGGAGAGGUGCCUCGAGCUGCAACUCGAGCUGCACAGAAGCAGAAGCCAGGCCACCAGAGUGCGGGACAUGCUUCGCGAGAAGCUGUCGGAGCUCGAGCAGCGGGUGUUAGAAGCGGAGGGGCGAGCCGACGAGGCGGAGGACAAGGUACGGAUGAUGGAGGAGCGGCUAGUGAAGGGUGAAUACUGCUUGAGCACAUCCGGCGUUGGUUCUCCACCGCAUUCGCUGCCGUCUACUUCCGGUACGCAGAAUGAUAAGAUCGAGGAUGUCCAUUGCGCCUGUAUAUCGAAGCUAGAGACACAAGUCGAGGAACAGAGGCAGCUACGGCUUCAAGACGCGCGGCAGGUCGAGGCGAAAGCCGCCAGGAUAAAGGAAUGGGUCACCAAUAAGCUGAGGGAGCUGGAACAGCAGAACCAACAUCUGCGGGAACAGAACAACAAGUGCAACCAGCAAUUGGAACUCCUCAGGAAUCAUAUAACGAACAUCGGGCUAAAACCACCUGCACCCACGAGAGCAUCGCUGUCCCUGGAGGUGGAUCCCACGUUACGCAGACGAUCGGAGAGCCUCGAGGGAACGCCGCAGACGGUGCCCGAAAGCGUGCAAAGCGCCGUCGCGGAACCGCAAGCCGGCACCAAACAUCGAAGACACCUGUCCGCUUGCGGGACCAUACAGAGGGGGAUCGUGACCACCAACAUGGACUCGAGCCUGCUGUCCGAGGAGCUCGCCGCCGCGGUCGAGAAUCUGGUGAUGUUGCCGAACAUACCCGGUGUCGGGGAGACCAGCCGUGACAGCGACAGUUCCGAGGCUGUCCACGACUACGCGGAGAUCUACACGCCCAGCAGGGAAGGGAUGAAUUGGGCGCAGAACACGCAGGGACCUCGACCGCCUACGCCGCCUCUUCAUCGGUUUCCUAGUUGGGAGGCGAAGAUAUAUCAGGUUGCCGAUGGCGGGCUUGGCAUCGGUCCACCGACCAACGAGGAAUCCGCGCCUUCCACGAUGACCAACACGACCAGCUCGUCGAAACAUUCCCAGGCAACAGGACACAACUUAACUGCGCACAAUUCCCAAGGCUACUGCGAUAUUUCGGUUCCGGUCUACGCAACGGUCAAGGGACGAGCCAGUCAGAUCAGGUCUAUGCCUUUCGGCGACAGUUCCGACGACAGUUCGGACGGCGAGGAUCAUCCGAAUCAAACCGAGACGAACACCAGGAUCACCAAUAGUUCGUCGGACAACACGGACUCGUCGCUCGGCAGCGGUAGCAGUCCAUCGAAGAGCGUGAAAACCACAAGCAGCCUUAGUCCCGCGAAGAGAAGCUCUAGCGGUUCGCCUAGUAAAAGCGUGAAACGCGAUACCUCUCUGGAAUCCGGUUUGUCGGAGGACUACGCGAUACCACCGGACGCCCUCAGCUCGACCUCUCUCGAGUCUAGCAUGCCCAGCCUGCUGAUGCGGGUUUCCGGCGAGAGCCCGAAGCGACAGGAGUCAUUGGAGAAGACUGGCCACUUGGCGAAACUCGGCGGAAAGCUGAAAACCUGGCGAAAGAGAUGGUUCGUGUUGAAAAACGGUGUGCUAACUUACUGGAAGAGCCAGAACGACGUGAACAGGAAACCUCAAGGUCAAAUCGUGUUGGACGAAGUGUGCAGAAUAAACAGAGCAGAGGGCGCUGCCACGUUUGAGAUAGCCACGGGGAAAAAGACUUACUAUCUAACGGCAGACUGCAUCGCGACAAUGGAAGACUGGAUAAGGGUUCUGCAGAAUGUACAGAGGCGGAACGCCACGAAGCUUUUACUCAGCAAAGAGGACAACAAGCCCACGAUACAGGGCUGGUUGACGAAGGUGAAGAACGGGCACGCCAAGAAGUGCUGGUGCGUCCUGAUUGGAAAAAUGUUCCUUUACUUUAAGUGCCCUAACGAUACGAAUCCUAUUGGACAAAUAAAUAUGAGAGACGCGAGAGUGGAAGAGGUCGAACACGUGUCCGACAGCGACAGCGAGGAAAGGGACACCGAGUGCCCCCACGAAAGAACAAUCGGCAUAUUUCCGACUCAUCAGGGUCCUACAUACUUGUUGAUGCCUUACAAACAGGACAAAGACAACUGGCUGUACCAUUUGACGGUGGUUUCCGGAGGCGGGCCUAGCGCGGGAACUCAGUACGAGCAGCUAGUCCAAAGACUGAUGGAAACCGACGGAGACCCUAAUUGCGUCCUUUGGAGACACCCUUUGUUGCUCCACACAAAAGAGAACAUCACUAGUCCACUGACCAGCUUGACGUCAGAAGUCUUGCAGUCCGAGGCUAUCAAGCUCUUCAAGGCUUGUCAGCUGUUCAUGUCGGUAGCAGUGGAGCAAGCAGGCAUAGACUACCACGUGGUACUAGCGCAAAACGCGUUGCAACAAUGCUUAGAUCAACCUGAAUUGCAAUCUGAAUUCAUCUGUGCACUGGUAAAGCAGACAAGUCGUCACACGCAACAUCGUUUGGGCGUACAGCAGCUCCUCCUCUGCGCCACGCAAUCGCUGUUCACCUGCGAUACGCAAAGUCCCGCGGCAAAUGGCAGCGGUGAAAAUGCGGACGCACAGUCGACGGCCUCCACUUCUCACAGUCCUCCGCUCACGCAGGGCCACUCUACGUCUACGAUUCUGGACUGCAAAACUAACCCCGCCCAGUACGUUCUUAUCCAGGGAUGGCAGCUACUCGCCCUCGCUGUAUCGCUCUUCUUGCCCAGGAAUAAUCGGCUACUCUGGUACCUGAAGUUACACUUGCAGAGAAACGCGGACACCAAGUCCGAGUGCGGCAAGUACGCAGCCUACUGUGAAAGAGCUCUGGAAAGGACUCUGCAAAACGGUGGCAGAGAGGUGAAACCCUCGAGAAUGGAAGUUCUGUCUAUAUUGAUGAAGAACCCUUACCAUCACUCCCUGCCGCACGCGAUACCGGUACAUUUUUUGAACGGCACGUAUCAAGUCGUCAGCUUCGAUGGCAGCACAACAAUAGAGGAAUUUCUGAACACUUUGAACCAAGAGAUCGGCUGUCGGGACGCGCAUCAGUCCGGUUUCACGUUGUUCAGCGACGACCCAAUCGAGAAGGAGCUAGAACACUUUAUUGACCUACAAGCGAAGCUCUGCGAUAUUAUUUCAAAAUGGGAGACCGCGUUGAGGGAGAAACGUUCAGGAAAAUUCGAGAACACCAGGGUCAUACAGUUGACGUACAAGUCUAGAUGCUACUGGCGUCAGGCUGCUAAAAUGGAGACUGAUAGGGAGAGGCUUUUGUUGUGUUAUCAAGUAAAUCAACAGGUUGUGCAUGGGAAGUUUCCAGUGAAUCGUGAGCUUGCGUUCGAGCUAGCUUCCUUAAUGGCUCAGAUUGAUUUUGGAGAAUAUAACAAUGACAAGGCACGGGGGAGUGGCCCGGGAAGCAAUCCGCAUCACCUGGUUCUCCAGGCUCUGGACAAAUUUUAUCCCAUACGGUAUCGGACGAACAUCGCUGCCGAUCAGUUGAGGCAACUACAAGACAGGCUGCAAGACAAGUGGAUCGCUUUAAAAGGUCGCAGCGUAUUAGACUGUGUUCGUAUAUAUCUGACUUGCACCAGAAAGUGGCCUUUCUUUGGAGCUACACUGUAUCAAGCGAAGUUGAAACAAGCCGAACCAAUGACCGUGUGGAUAGCCGUUUCCGAGGACAGCGUGACGUUAUUGGAACUGCAAACGAUGGCAGUUGUGUGUCGUUACAACUACGCUAAUAUAGUCACGUUCGGAGGGUGUUUGGAUGACUUCAUGCUCGUCGCUUGUCCCGACGAAGGCGCUGCUGAACAGAAGCUUUUAUUUGCUCUAUCGAAACCUAAGAUAUUGGAAAUAACCUUGUUGAUCGCCGACUAUAUGAAUGCCUUGGGACACGCUUUACCCGGUACACCACAAAUGAACACGUUAACUCGAAACGGGUCUCACAGAUCAAUUAAGUCCACUCUCAGACCUACCACUGGUUCAAGCUGUCUUCCAACGCAACCGGAUAUUUUGAAGUCAACGCCGGACCACCAAAGACCUUAGUAAGACUGGUUCGAAAUCCGUUUCGGUAAAAGUAGCAGGGAAACGUGCCAGUUGGUUCACGAAAGUCUGAUUUUGCCAAGGCUCUAACUUUAUACACACGAUGGUACUAUACUCUUGUAUUAUAAACAUCCGCGUAGGGUAACAACCGCGAACACCGGACUGUAAGUUAAUUUUAGUUGCGUUUUAUGUAAAUUAGAAACGAUGCUUGCGAACGAGCGUAUAAUGUGUAAAUAUUCGACAGCAAGCGAGACGAAUACACAAACACACAUGCACACAAAGAGGACUCGGUCGUCCACGUUG